ACCGACAACUAUUAAUGAUUGCAUUUUAUAAUCAAGACUACAGAGUGAGUGACAGGAAGUAAUGAUAGACAGGAAGGACUCUCGGUUUAUUUUGGUGGAUCGGAGAAGGCAGAGAGAGAAAGCGCGCGGAAAGACAUCAAGAUGAAGAGAAGAACAGGGUUGGAGGUUGCAGCUGAUGGGGUGGCCAUUAUCUCCAUUUCCAACCCACCUCUCAAUUUGCUUUCUUACGAAGAACUACUCAGCUUAAAAGGAAGCAUUGAGGAAGCAUUGCAAAGAGAUGAUGUGAAAGCAAUUGUUGUAACUGGUGCAAAAGGUAAGUUCUCAGGAGGUGCUGACGUCACAGCGUUUGGUGGAUGUCAAGGGAUUAAAAGAAAGCUUGGCAACCUGUCAAUAGAAUUUUUCACUGAUAUUUUUGAAGCUGCUAAAAAACCUUUAGUAGCUGCUAUUGAUGGCAUCGCCUUAGGUGGUGGAUUAGAGGUUGCAAUGGCCUGCCAUGCCCGCAUAUCAACUUCUACUGCACAACUAGGUUCACCUGAACUUCUGUAUGGAAUUAUUCCUGGACUUGGAGGAACACAGCGGCUGCCACGGCUUGUAGGCCUUACUACGGCUCUUGAAUUUCUGCUGAUGUCAAAGCCUGUAACUGGAGACAAAGCUCUGAGUUUAGGUCUUGUGGAUGCCAUAGCUCCAGCAAAUGAGUUGGUUAAUACAGCUCGUUGGCACGCCUUGGAUAUUUUGGAGUAUAGAAAACCAUGGGUUGUUAGUUUAUACAAAACUGAAAAAUUAGAGUCCUUGGCUGAAGCUAGAAUAAUACUAAAGCUUGCUAGAAUUCAGGCUGAGAAACAAGCUCCAAAUCUCAAACACCCAUUGGUUUGUAUCGAUGUCAUUGAAGAGGGUAUUGUAUAUGGUCCUCGUGCGGGACUUUGGAAGGAAGCAGAGGCCCUGCAGGCACUUAGACAGUCUGACACUUGUAGGAGUUUGGUCCACUUCUUCUUUGCUCAACGUGGAACUAUAAAGAUUCCCGGAAUAACUGAUAUGGGCUUGGAACCAAGGAGAGUAAAUAAGGUUGCUAUUAUUGGAGGAGGACUAAUGGGCUCUGGAAUAGCAACAGUGUUUAUCUUGAGUAAUUACCAUGUAAUCCUGAAAGAAGUCAAUGAGGAUUUUCAAUUGGCUGGGAUCAGCAGAGUCAAAGCAAAUUUGCAAAAUCAUGUUAAGAAAGGAAAAUUGAUUCAAGGGAAGCUUGAGAAAACCAUCUCUCUUUUGACGGGUGUUCUCAACUUUGAUAGCUUCAGAGAUGUGGAUUUAGUCAGAGAGGCAGUAUUUGAAAAUGUUUCUUUAAAGCAACAAAUUUUUGCCAAUCUUGAAAAAUAUUGCCCACAGCAUUGCAUACUUGCUACUAAUACUUCCACAAUUGACUUGAACUUGAUUGGAGAAAGGAGAAGAAGUCAAAAUCGGAUUGUUGGGGCCCAUUUUUUCCGUCCUGCUCAUAUCAUGCCUCUCCUGGAAAUAGUUCGUACAGAGAAAACAUCUCCCCAAGUAAUAGUUGACUUGCUAAAUAUUGGGAAGAAGAUAAGGAAAACCCCAGUUGUAGUUAGGAACUGUACUGGAUUUGCUGUCAACCGGAUGUUCUUCCCUUACACCCAAGCAGCCAUCUUGCUUGUUGAACGAGGUGCAGAUGUUUAUCAGAUUGAUCAGGCAAUCAUGAAGUUUGGAAUGCCAAUGGGUCCAUUUAGAAUGAUUGAUCUGGUUGGUUUUGGAGUUGCUGUUGCUGGUGGUGUCCAAGUUAUUGAGAACUUCCCUGAGAGAUCCCAUAAAUCAAUGCUGAUUCCAGUCCUGCAAGAGGAAGGUCGUGGAGGUGAAUCUACUCUCAAAGGUUUCUAUGUAUAUGAUGACAAGCGCAAGGCUAGCCCAGAUCCUGAAUUAUUGAAGUACAUUAAAAAGGCUCGGAGUAUUUCUGAUGUUACGAUUGACUUGAAGUUGACAAAGUUGUCUGAUGGAGACAUUGUUGAGAUGAUAUUAUUUCCUGUUGUGAAUGAGGCCUGCCGCAUCCUUGCAGAAGGAAUUGCAGUCAAGGCAUCCGACCUUGAUAUUGCUUCUGUUAUGGGUAUGGGGUUCCCAGCGUACAGGGGAGGAAUUAUUUUCUGGGCUGAUUCUCUUGGGUCUAGAUACAUUUACUCAAAAUUGAAUGACUGGUCAAAGACUUAUGGAGAAUUGUUCAAGCCUUGUACCUAUUUAGCAGAACGAGCUUCCAAGGGAACUUCUUUGGUCGAGCAGGCUAAGUCUCGGUUAUAAGGAUCCUUUGCUCAUCUAGUUGAGUUGUGGUAUAUCUUCUUCUUUGGCGAGUUCAUUACAUUUGUAAAAGUCGAACUGGCUGAAGUAUGUGUUGAAACGAUAUCCUGUCACUAGUUUGCAACUUUCACUAUCAUUCAGGAUAUUGGGCAAGUGAUGUUUCUUCUACUAGUGACCUGAAGAAUCUUAAAAGUUUGGUUAUAAGAUUCUUCUGGUAAUCUAUUUGAGUUGUAGUGUAUUCUUCUUCUUGUUGCUGAAAUACCGGGAUUGGCAAUUCAAAGUUUGUGUUUGGUUUA